UCUAUACGCAGCUACGCCACCUUCGCUAGGUUUUGGGAAAGCGAAGGAACCUACAAAGAAGAAGAAGAAGACGAUGACAUUGAUGAAUAGGUCGCCCUACGUCUCUCUCUUGUCCAAAGCCCAUGCCUUCGUCCCUUGCUGUCGUCCGGCCGAUGCUGCCCAUUUUCUCGCAACCCAUUCUUACUCCGCCGCCUCCGGUGCUCCACAGAGCAGCCUUAUGGCUGAAUACCUGGUCAGCUCCUGUGGCUUCGAUCCUGAUCAGGCGGCCAAAGCCUCGAAGCUCCUUGGCCACGUCGAAUCCCGCCACCAGCCUGACUCCGUCCUUGGCUUAUUUAAAAGCUACGGUUUUGACAACACCCAGGUGAAAAAGGUCAUAUCUACAAACCCCCGGUGGCUUCUCCUCGACGUGGAGAAGACCCUGGCCCCAAAGUUCCGAGCUUUGCAGGAUCUGGGCUUCUCCUGCUCCGACAUCACCCACCUCGUCAGAUCGAAUAACCACGUCAUCAGCCACAAAUCCCAGAACAUCUUGUCCAAGAUCCAAUUAUGGCAAGGCCUCCUGGGGUCCAACGACUUACUGAUGAAGAUAUGGAAGAGAAACAGGUGGUUUCUCGGGUAUAGCUUCGAGAAGACGAUCCAGCCUAGCAUUGAAAUUCUAAGGGAUUGCGGGAUCACGGAUCAGAAGCUCUCAAUGAUCAUACCGCAAUAUCCCCUCCUUAUAACCCGGAAUGCUGAAACCCUGAAGGCGUUAAUCAGUCGUGUCGAGGGUUUGGGAGUACCUCGCACCUCGAGGAUGUUCCUCCUGAUCCUGAGUGUGCUCCUGAGCGUCUCCGAGAAGAACUUCAAGGCUCACUUGGAGUUCUUCAAGGGCUUCGGGUGGUCCGAGGAUGAUUUCCUUGCUGCAUUCAGAAAGGCUCCUACGUUUGUGCAAUUAUCUUUAAAGAGUUUGCAGAGGAAGAUGGAGUUCUUGGUAAAUGAAGCAGGAUGUGCUCCAUCUCAUCUUGCACUUCGGCCAGAUAUUUUGUUGUGCAGUUUGGAGAAAAGGUUGAUGCCAAGGCAUCAGAUUGUGACAGGCCUGAAGUCUAGGGGAGUUUGCAUCAGUAACCUUAAUAUGUCUACAUACAUGAAAUAUCCAAAGAAGAAAUUUGUGGAGAAGUUCGUCAACUGCUACAAGGAGUAUCCAGAACUCGUUGAGUUGUAUAAUGGAGUCCCCAAAAACAGAACUGCAUUUGAUCGUGGAAAUGCAUAAUGCAUAGCACAAGCUUUUGUACCAGCAAGUUAUGUUUCCAGGUAGGUACUUGGUUAAAUUAAACUGAAGCACUGCUUACUCUUGUUGAGUUAUCAGGAUCAAGAGAAGUUUUAGAUGACUUGCACCCUAUGGCAUGUUGAUCAUCGUAGAGAUGUUUUCCUGACAAAGGCUUGACUCGUUAUCAGCGAAGAAUUAUACAUGUACUGUACUGCCUCAGAACUAGCUGCUGGAUAGG